CCAUAUAAAAGGCGGUCUCCAACCCCGACCUCCCUUUGGCCCCUUUUUGCGAUCCACGCCCACAGGAAUCCUUCUCUCAAGGCGGAGAGAAGAAAAAAGAAACAAAGGAGUAAAGAAACCGAUCUAGGGUUAGGGUUUAGAGGGCGAGCCAGAAGAAGAGAGAGAUGCCGAAGAACAAGGGGAAGGGAGGGAAGAACCGGAAGAGGGGGAAGAACGAGGCGGACGACGAGAAGCGGGAGCUCGUGUUCAAGGAGGACGGGCAGGAGUACGCCCAGGUGCUCCGGAUGCUCGGCAAUGGGCGCUGCGAGGCCAUGUGCAUCGACGGCACCAAGCGCCUCUGCCAUAUCCGCGGCAAGAUGCACAAGAAGGUCUGGAUCGCCGCCGGCGACAUCGUCCUCGUCGGCCUCCGCGACUACCAGGACGACAAGGCCGACGUCAUCCUCAAGUACAUGCCGGACGAGGCCCGCCUCUUGAAGGCCUAUGGCGAGCUCCCCGACAGCACUCGCCUCAACGAGGGCAUCGCCGGAGGCCUCGACGAGGAGGACGAGGGUGCUGGCGACGACUAUAUCGAGUUCGAGGACGAGGACAUCGACAAGAUCUAAGAUUCUGGUGGUCCACCCAUCGACCAGGGUUUGAACCAUACAUUACAAUCAGCUAUAUCCUUCUUUCUGAUGAAGUUCUUGUUUGAAGUCUAUCUUUUCUUUUUUAAUUUUUUGCCUUUCAUUAUAAGUAAGUGAUGACAAGAUGAGAUCUUCUUACAAGGUAAUGGAUUUCUAGUUUUCAGGAUGGCCGAUGAUGGAUCUAAGAAUUCCCAUGUAUAAUUGUUUGAGUUUUAUUCUUAUGUUGAUGGUGAUGUGUCGUAUAUGGGAUUCUAGGGUUGUUCCUUGUAUCAAUAGUCUGUCUUUAGUGAUUUGAAUAAUGGUUAUCAAGUAAAAUUUCCGUUUUUCUGUCUU